AUGUCCCUCACCGACUUGCUCCGGUGGCACGUGGACAGGAAGGCUCGUCGCAUCGCGUCGUUGUCGGCGCGGUCUCGCCUCCGGCGGGAUGUCGUGCGCCUCUCCUACCUUCGCCGCGCGGACGUGGAUGUCGCGCCGGAGGCGGGGACACGACAGGAUAAACGUGCAGGCGCGGCGAAGUUGGCGGAGGCGGCGGUCGACGCUGUCUACGGGGCGCUCGUAGCGGCGACGCUCGAGGAGUGGGCGGGCGCGAGCACGGACAACCCCGUCUCCGCGGAGGACGCUCGAGGCCCAGGCCUCGAGUGUCAGGAUUGCUUUGAGAACUUUUACAAGGAGUACGACGUGGAGCCGUGGCUGUGGCGCCGGGCGAUGCGUGAGGGCUGGUCGGAGCUGGGGGGCUGGUCGAGAGAGGAGAUGGAGGCGGCGGAGGAGGAGAUGCGGCGCGGCGAGGGUUCUGAUGCCUAUGGGCUUCAGAUCUCUCAGCUAGGCGAGUGGGUCUGCGAUGCUUGCUUGGAGGGCUAUUUGGGGGGGGGCGUUGGCGACUACUCGGAGCUGCGCAGCGGCUACGAUGAGGAGCCUGAGCCAGGGGAGGGUUGGGAAGGGGGGGCGAGGCCGGAGGAGUAUGACGGCCUCUUCGACGGCCCAUAA